UUAUCUGUCAACAACUGUCAAAUCAGCGAGUGACGUAAAUAUAAGGAAAUUUGUGAUCCACGUUCUAUUUUUGUUUAUUUUUACCUAAAUUACGUAAAAUACAAGGUGCAAUUUCUGGAAUCUUCAUCUAUAAUGUACAUUUGCCACCAGCAACAGUGAGCAUUACUCAGUAACAGAAGUAGAAGAACUUUAUAAACACAAAGAUAAUCGUAACGGGUCUCCCGUUACUUUUACCAGGAAAAUCUAAUUAUGCCUCAUGAUUUUAAAGACCUGGGUGUGAGGAAAGCUCUGAUGGCUCCCUUAUCACCCACCCCAUGCGCGGAGAUCAGUGAUGAUGAGCUGGUGUCCAUCUCCGUGCGAGACCUCAACCGUCAGCUGAAGAUGCGAGGGCUCACAAGAGAUCAGAUUGUUAGAAUGAAGCAGCGCCGGCGCACGCUCAAGAACCGAGGCUACGCAGCCUCCUGCCGCAUCAAGCGCAUAGAACAGAAGGACGAACUGGAGACUGAGAAGAGUCAGGUACUUACAUAUGAGUGGCAUGACAUGGAGCUGAUGCAGGAGGAAAACGCCCGCAUCCGUGAAGAGAUAGACGCGCUGCGAGGCAAGUACGAUGCCCUCAAGAGGUUCGCUCACAUGAAGAACAUACCACUCCCGCCGGAACUUGAAAUAUUACCUUGAAAUGUACAUUAACAGUAUAGUAACAUAAGGGUAAUUCAUAAUGGGGAGAUUAUCUACCACGACAGCCAAAAGGGCGUCUUGUUGGUCAUUAUAUCAUCACUUUAUAGUCUUCUGCCGUCAGGUGGAUUACCAACCCCAUCAACCCUGGUGUCAGGGUUACUAUAGACCUGCCAAAGGCCCCUGACAUUGCUCAUGUAACGACUACUAACUUACAUAAAUACAUCAGUAAGUAGUAACCGGGACCAACGGCUUAACGCGCCUUUCGAAGCACGGAUCAUCUUACUUCCGCACAAUCCGGUGAUCAGCCUGUAAUAUCCUAACCAAGCUAGGGAUCACAAAAUGAUUUUUGUGAUAUAUCCCCACCGGGAUUUGAGCCCGGUACCUCCGGAUCGUGAGCUCAACAAUCAAACCACUGGACCACGGAUGCCGUUAUAGUUUAAACCACUAUAAGCGCCCUUUUGAAAAUAUCCCAAUCAGGGUAGUCAGAGGUACAUCCAUCGCAAGAUGUACUAAGUACCUACACCUCACCAAGCUUUCCGUUAGAGUCUAACUGGUCUAACAGUUAGACCAACGUGAUAGGUGAGCCGUAUCGCCGUCUGUAACGGAUGGUAGCCUUACCUGACUUUUUAAAAUAGCAAUAUUUUUAUUCGCUCUUUGCUAAAAUACUUUCGUAAGGCACUGUAAUGUAUUUAAAGAUGGAUUUAUUAAAAAUACAUUUAAAGCAUGUUCCUAUUUAUAAAUUAUUUAAUAUUCACACGCGGUUGAGUGAGGGCUUUAUUUUUGCUGAAUACAAUAUAUCAAUAAAUAUACUUUUAUUCGUAAAUUUAAUACAAUUAGUCACUUAUAAAUUAAAAUUGCAAUCAAUAAAUAAAACAUAUUUAACAAAAAAAAAAACAUUAAAUAUAUAAUGACAAUGGGCACUUUUGUAUGAAACUUGGUCCAAGAACCUCCACUGAUGAGACUUAUAUGUAAUGAAAGCUUAUGCUUUUCCUAUGAUUCUGGCAAAGUUCUAUCAGAUUCUGUCCCGGGGUUCUUUUUUUACGGCCAUGUUUGUCCUGGCUAAAAAUGUGAUAAAAUACAGUGGGAGCUAAAAUCGACUCAAGAUUUGUUGCUGGAUAACUAAGUCCACAUAAAUAAUUAUGUAUCAUAUUGUAUAUCAUUUUAAAGAGGAUCUUUUCCAGAAUCCGAAACAUAAAAAAAUAAACAAAAAAAAAUUUUUUUGUAGGCGAAUUAUAGUCAAUUUGCAUCUGCAGCGCCAUUGUUUCUCGGUAGCUAAAUUCAAGUUUCAUGCCUUUUACCCCUUCCAAAAGUAUCUUACCGAUUUUUUUUAUUUUGCUUCCGGAAUUUGAUCUGAGUGAUAAUAACAAGAAAAAUAAAUAAACACCUCUCCGAUAGAGACCGGCUAAGCUAUUGCCUAUUGCAAGAAAUCGUCAUCAUUAGCAAGUCAUUACGGUAUUGCAUAUAAGCUUAUCAGCAACUUGGAACUUGGUCCAAGAACCUCCACUGGUGAGACUUGCAUGUAAUGAUAGCUUAUACUUGUCCUAUGAUUCUGGCAAAGUUCUAUCAAACUCUGUCCUAGGGUUUUUUUACGGCCAUGUUUGUCCUGAGUGUACAGUAGUGGACUGCAAAAUCACCUCAGGAUUUGUUGUCAAAAAACUAUUUAACUAAGUAUAUACAUAAUUAUAUAUCAUAAUGUAUAUCAAUUUUAAAAGGGAAGGUUAUCAGAAUCAGAAACACAAAUAAAAAAAUGCAUUAUGUAAACGACUUUUAGCCAACUCACGUCCGUAGCACCAUUUUUCUCAGCAGCUACGUACGAGUUUCGCGCCUUCCAACCUUUCCAAAGGAGCCCAUUCUUUUUUUCAUUCUUCUGAUAUUGCAUUCUUAACCUGACAAGACUAAGUGACAACAACAAGAAAUAAAAUAGAUACCAUUCCGAUAGAGGCCGCGUAAGCUAUGGACCUAUUGCAAGAUAACGUACUCAAAGGCUAGUCAUUAUAAUCCAACAGACGUAACAUGAUUAAUAUGCGGCGGGACGGAAAUGUAGUACAUCGCCUUAUGCGAAAGAGACGAAAUAUGUGUCUCUUUAACACUAACAGUAUACAGCUUAGUACGAGAGAAACAAGAAAUAAGUCAUUCUAAUCAAGAUGCAAUACAAUGACUCUAUUGUAUACAAAAGAAACACAUUUAUUAAACAAGUUCAGGCAAUAACUGGUGCAAAAGGCGGCUUUAUUGCCAAGGUAGCAAUUACUACCAGGCAACCUUACGUUUACGAUACGUUUGUUGUACCAUUCGGCAUUGUUUAUAAGACAAGAUAUAAGCCUGGAUUAAUAAAACAAGAUUGUGGUGAAAGAAAACAUACUACAUUUGCGUCCUCCCGCAUUCUAAUUAUGUUACGUCUCUUGGAUUAUAAUGACUAGCCUUUGAGUACGUCAUCUUGCAAUAGGUCCAUAGCUUACGCGGCCUCUAUCGGAAUGGUAUCUAUUUUAUUUCUUGUUGUUGUCACUUGUCAGGUUAAGAAUGCAAUAUCAGAAGAAGGAAAAAAUGAUUGGGCUCCUUUGGAAAGGUUGGAAGGCGCGAAACUCGUACGUAGCUGCUGAGAAAAAUGGUGCUACGGACGUGAGUUGGCUAAAAGUCGUUUACAUACUUAAUGCAUUUUUUUUAUUUGUGUUUCUGAUUCUGAUAACCUUCCCCUUUAAAACUGAUAUACAUUAUGAUAUAUAAUUAUGUAUAUAGACUUAGUUAAAUAGUUUUUCGACAACAAAUCCUGAGGUGAUUUUGCAGUCCACUACUGUACACUCAGGACAAACAUGGCCGUAAAAAAACCCUAGGACAGAGUUUGAUAGAACUUUGCCAGAAUCAUAGGACAAGUAUAAGCUAUCAUUACAUGCAAGUCUCACCAGUGGAGGUUCUUGGACCAAGUUCCAAGUUGCUGAUAAGCUUAUAAUAUGCAAUACCGUAAUGACUUGCUAAUGAUGACGAUUUCUUGCAAUAGGCAAUAGCUUAGGCGGUCUCUAUCGGAGAGGUGUCUAUUUAUUUUUCUUGUUAUUAUCACUCAGAUCAAAUUCCGGAAGCAAAAUAAAAAAAAUCGGUAAGAUACUUUUGGAAGGGGUAAAAGGAAUGAAACUUGAACUUAGCUACCGAGAAACAAUGGCGCUGCAGAUGCAAAUUGACUAUAAUUCGCUUACAUAAAGACUUUUUUUGUUUUUUUUUUUAUGUUUCGGAGUCUGGAAAAGAUCCUCUUUAAAAUGAUAAUAUAUACAAUAUGAUACAUAAUUAUUUAUGUAGACUUAGUUAUCCAGCAACAAAUCUUGAGCCGAUUUUAGCUCCCACUGUAUUUUAUCACAUUUUUAGCCAGGACAAACAUGGCCGUAAAAAAAGAACCCCGGGACAGAAUCUGAUAGAACUUUGCCAGAUUCAUAGAGAAAGCAUAAGCUUUCAUUACAUAUAAGUCUCAUCAGUGGAGGUUCUUGGACCAGAUUCGCCCAUUCUCCUUUAAGACAUUUUGUAUCACUCUAGAGCGAAUAAUAUUUCAUUUCAUUUAUAAAAAAUAAAUAAACAGAAUAGAUGAUGAUUAUGUUGAUAAGAUUGUGAAGAUGAUCGUUAAAAUAAUAUCCUAUCACGUCACAGAAAGCUCAGGUGAAGCGUGGAUACUUAGUUCAUCUUGCGACAGAUGUAGGUACCUCUGACUACACCAAUCAGGAAUACAGUCGUGAACUUACAUUAUGUUAAAAUAAUAAAGCGGACUUGGUAACUAGCAUUAGAUAUUUACAAAAGGGUAGUUUCCUAAGUCAAAGAUAAAUGAUGAUAUUCUGAUUGCUAAAUAAAGACAGAUCUGAAUGUGACAACAAACUUCUAUUUAACGUUAUUUAUAAAUUUUAAUAAACAGAAAUGUAAUAAUAAAUGCGACAUUUUGUCACGUUUUUCUAUGACGUUGUGACAUUUAGUAAAAGGUAUCUGAUUUAUACAUUGUUUUAAGUUUACGCGGUUAUUGGUGCUAAUUCCUGUAAAUACCAUCUAAUUUUAUUUUAAGUUAUAUCUGUCAUUUUCUUAUCCGCCGAAAAGGAAAGGGACGGGUAAUUGACAAGCAUAAAAUUUAUGGAACACACGUCAAUUUUAAGCACAAAUCUAAAACAACCGUCUAAAAAUUUUACAUCAGUCAAUAACCCGACACAGUUAAGUAGACAGCACGUCAAACGGAUUGCAUACCAGCGACGUACCUUUUGAUUCGCCCGGGUUAUUCAUUCAUUUACUCAUUCUUCCUAAAAUUAAGAGCUGUGAAUCAUCCGUCCCUUUCCUUUUCGACGGAUAUGAAACUGACGGAUAUAACUUAAAAUAAAAUUAGGCGGUGUCUGCAGGAAUCGGGGCCAAUAUCAUAAUUAAAACACAUAAUAACGGGUUCUUACCGCGUUUAAAGGGAUAUGAGACUCCCGGGACUCUUGCUUAAACCGCGGAAAGAACCCGUUAUUAUGUGUUUUAAUUAGGUAUCUGAUUUGACUAGAUGGAAACUACCGUAUUGCUAUUAAGUGAUAACAUUGUACCUAUCGUAUAUAUUUUAUUUACAAAAUAAAUAUAAGAAUUAGAUUAAGGAGA